AACAACGCACUCUCCAUAGCAACUCCAAGACAGUGAGCUGCCCAGUCUGCUUUGGCAGUAGUCAAGUGUACUUUUCUCGGUGAAACUAGUCCUGCUUUAUUCUGCCACCGUGGCGCUGCCUAUGCUGCCGGGAAAUUCGCCCAAUAAAAACCUGGGCAAAGAGAAGUUUCACAAAUCCCAGCAUUUCGACUAUUCCCAUGGAGUCCCGUUCUUGGUGGGAACCAACAAACCGGGCAUUGGAGGAGAGCUGCUCCUCGGACAGAAGCCCCGCUCCCGACUAUCGAGCGGAGGGGGUAGCGGUGCUCCGUCGUGGCUAGCAUUUGACAAACAGGUUCUCUGUUUUGAUGCUCACUUUCAAGAGCCUGUGUGCCAGAAGAGAGAGGAGACUUACAGAGUGAGGAAGUGUAAGAUUUACUUCUAUCUGGAGGAUGACACCAUUCAGGUGGUGGAGCCAGAAGUGAGGAACAGUGGAAUAUCACAGGGAACCUUGAUUCGACGUCAACGCAUCGCUCUUCCGCCUCCAAUGGAUGACCAGUACUACACCUCUCACCACUUCAACCUCAACCAGGAGGUGGUGCUGUUCUGCCGGACCUUCAAACUCACAAACUGCGACCCCUUCACCCUCAACUUCUUGCGGAAACAGGGGAUGCGCAUCAACCCCCCUGCCUCUACCCCAGAGGACCCCUACAGCAGCCUCCGCAAAGAGAUGGAGGGAAGCAUGAAGCCCCUGCGGCCAUAUGAGAGGCAGGACACGCUGAAGCAGUUUCUGGACCACGACCGCAACGUGCUUCGCUUCUUCUGCUACUGGGACGACUCGGACACCACAUUUGGCGUCCCCCACGAGCUCACGCUGCACUACUUCCUGUCCGACGACACCAUAGAGAUCCGCGAGGUCUUCAGCCGCAACUCGGGCCGCGACGUCGUCCCCAAGUUCCUGAACCGCAGCAAGCUGCCCAAGUACGCCCCCCUGCCCACCCGCCAGCCUGGAGAAGUGACCGACCGCACGGUACUCAACGUGUUUGGGCCCACAGGGAACAAGGGUCGCUACCUUCUGGAUAAUCUCAAAAUUGGCACGACCAGUGAGGAGUUCUACAAGGACUGCGAUCUGACCCUGGGCGCGGUGAUCAACGUGUGGGGUAGAAACGUGGUGCUCUGCGACUGCGACAACUUCACCAAGGAGUACUUCCGCUCCAAGUACGGCAUUGAGGACUUCACGCCGGUGGACUACAGGCCCGGCCCGGCCCCCAGAGUCCCCAGGGAGGUGCCGCCCUACAAUGGCUUCGGGUCCGAGGAGGACUCCCUGUGCUCCUGCAAGGGCCUGGUGCUCAAGGCCCCGAGGAAGGACUUCCGGAAGCUGAUGGAAAAAGACAGACAGGGGCUGGUGAGCAACGUGCUGCGGUUUGUGGGCAGGAUGGUGUCCGACGUCCCGACAGACACAGAGAGGAUGUUCAUCGUCUCCUACUUCCUUAGCGAUGACACCAUCUCCGUGUACGAGCGCACCAAGAGGAACCUGGGUGUGAUGGGAGGUAAAUUCCUGGAGAGGGGGAGGGUGAAGAAGCCGGGACAGGAGCUGUUUAAGUCUGAGAUGUCAGAGUACUUCAACGCCCAGGACCUGUACCUGGGAGCCAGACUCUGCAUGAACUCACAGGAGUUCCAGCUGGUGGAUGCAGACGAGUUCACCAUCAGCUACAUGGAGCAAAACGCAGAGGAGUUCCCCAUGGCCAACCUUGGGACCAUUCUGAGCAAGCUGAAGUCCCUCAGCGAGGACCAGCGGAAGGAGAUCAAGCAGUUCCUGGUCAUGAGCGACCCGGGGAACACUGGGGUCGUCCACUACGAGCCUUUCAGGAGGCUGCUGGCAGGGGCGGGCUGCCAACUGUCAGAUCAUGAGGUCAUGACUCUGGGGCGGAGCUACGCGGUCCGGGAGCAGAGGGAGCCGGACCUGGGCCUGAUGCUGUCGCUGGCGCAGGAGCGCCUGAAGAAGAGCCACUUCGAGAGCUUCUCCGAAAUGAGCAAUGCCUUCGUCUACGAGGACCGGGACAGGACUGGACGCUUGGCCACCAUGGAGGCCAGAACUAUCUGCAAAGCCUUCAAGAUCCCCCUGGCAGACAACCUGCUGAUGGCCCUCUUUGAAAAGUUUGAGAAUGAGGCAGAGGAACUGGACUACAACUCCUUCCUGUCUAAGAUCAACUGGAGAGAGAACCCGUUGCCCCCGCUUCUCCCGGAUGAUGUCAUGAAGUUCGAUGUGGACCGGACUGGAGAAGCGGUUGGCCCGGCGUUGAGGAGCAUCACCUACUCCGCCUUGCUGGAGGACGCCUUUGGCAAGCAGGAAUGAAGACGGCAGAUGUCCUUCCACAGGCAUCCCAUUUUGUCCUUGAGCUGUGUGCUUUUCCAAUUUUAAAGGCAGAGGAUUCAUUUCACCAAUA